AUGUCGAGCUUCAGACCUGCCACAGAUGCCGUCGUCUCCAGCCGUAACAGCUCGAGUGCGAGUGCCAUGGAAGAUGCGAUACUAGAGGAUCUAGAGGAUGCCCAGACUCGCCAAUACACUUGCUGCGGCGGCAUGUACCCAGUAUCGGACUUCGUUGAUCAGUCACGCCGCCCCGAGCCCUUCACUAAUUGCGCUGCAUCUCUCUAUGGCCCAGUUUAUCGACCUAGCACGACGCCGCCAGCCGUCCAAACUAUGCCCGUGUUGCCGAUCUACCGCAGUGAUGCAGACGCCGAUUUGAUUUCGCCCCCAGUACCGCCAUGGCACUGUACAGAGACAUGA